AUGUCAGCUUCAAACACCGCCGGAACCGCCAUACUUGGCGCGGGUAUUUUCGCAAAGGAAGCACACCUUCCUGCACUACAAACGCUUGGCCCUCUCGCACCAAAGCUUAGAGCCGUUUACUCGCGAUCAGAGAAGACUGCACGUGAAUUUGCAGCCCAAGCAACAACCCUCCUCAACGCUACCCCUGAUGUCUACUAUGACGGAAACCCAUCUUUCAAUCUUGAUACACUUCUCGCAAGACCUGACAUUUCAUCCGUUAUCGUCGUUCUCCCAAUCACUCAACAGCCAUCCAUCAUCUUGAAAGCUCUCGCUGCCGGCAAGCACGUGCUAAGUGAAAAGCCUGUUGCACCGGACGUGGCGUCUGGUGCCAAAUUGAUCGCUCAGUAUGAAGCACAGUAUAAGCCCAAGGGGCUUGUAUGGAGAGUAGCCGAAAAUUUCGAGGCAGAGCCAGGCUACAUCGCCGCUGGCCGGAAAGUCACCUUCUUCAGCUCUCGUACCGUCAACUUCAUGGACAAGGAUUCGAAAUGGUAUAACACCCCGUGGCGAACUGUUCCGGACUAUCAAGGAGGCUUCCUGCUUGAUGGCGGUGUGCACUCUGCCGCAGCUCUACGUGUCAUACUCCCAAGUGCAAUGACAUACCUCUCCGGGUUUGCAUCGCUCAACAAGGAGUGGCUUGCGCCCCAUGAUACCAUCAACACGAUCAUAAAGAACGCGGACGGUUCACAUGGCAUUUACGAGCUCAGUUUCGCUGCACCCAGCCCAUCUCGUACCAGUGCAGGUGGAGGUCUUGUCUUCACCGGUGCAGAUGGCUGGCUUCAGGUUCAGCAGACCCAGGUUCGUGACCUCAUCCACAACGUCGAAAAGCCCAUUCUUCGCGUCACUAUCAAGUCGGCCACCCGCGAUGCAAAUGGGGUACUUGGCCCCGAAAAGGAGGAGGUUAUCGAUGAGCCUAUGAGAGGUGUAGAAUUGGAGCAGGCGAGCUUCUUUGCCGCUAUAGAUGGAAAAGAUGAUGGCCUUGGCAGCCCCCUUGGUGCACUGAAGGAUGUUGCGGUCAUUCAGGCUGCCUUGACUAGUAGUGGUGGACUCAUUGAUCUCGAGAAACUCAUCAGCCAGUCCUAG